AUCUUCGAGGACGAUGCGGCUGUGAGUACAGAGUCUGGAUGAGGGGCGGUCGCAGACCCUCAAGGUCAGAUCAUCGGGGUCCCUGAAAGCAGAGAAGAUAAUGUUCCACCUGCAGCCUGCAUCUUCCGGAUCUGAGAGGAGCCGUCUGCAGCAUUGGCGAUAAGUUGUGCAGCUGGCAGCAGCCAGGGAGGGGGCUCUCGCUCGGUCUUUCGCAGACAGCAUUGUGUGCGCUCCUGUCACCUCUGUUCCUGCAUGUAUCCUGCUGGGUGUCCUGGGAAUUUCGUGAUGUCACCUGGGUGUUGGCUGUUGCUGUGACACCAUGAAGCGCUGUCUGCAGCCUGAUUUCUGGGAGUAGACACUGCACGGAGCGCAGCCACACAUCUGGGAUAGAAGCAUGACUCCGGCGUGGAUCUAGAUCGGAGACCAUGAGGAAGCCUGUUUAUUCCAGCACACUUCCCCAUGAAGGAUAUUCCAUAUACCGGGUGUCGUACAGUCACAACCAGCAGGCAACGUCGUUCAGACACCCGGUGACGGGCGAGAUUUCCCCGGAGAAUGCAGAGUUUGACCUCCGUGGAGAGUAGGGACAGCUCCAUCAUGUCUCCUCAGCAGAUAAACCAAAGACCCUACAGCAUGGUGAGCGAAGGGUCCACGGCUGUGACUACGUCCACUGCAGAGUCCAGGCCCCCCCCUAAGGCGUCUAAAACCGUGGGGAAGGCGUACAGCUUCGGCAAGAGAGACCAAUCUGUAAAGAGGAACCCGAUCAUGCCGGUGCUGGCGCGGGGAUGGCUGUACAAACAGGACAGUUCAGGGAUGAAGAUGUGGAAAAGGCGAUGGUUCCUGCUCUCUGAUCAUUGUCUCUUCUACUAUAAAGACAGCAGGGAGGAGGCCGUUCUGGGCAGCAUUCCCCUCCUGAGCUACGUCAUCCGCCCCACGGGACCCGAGGAUCGGACAAACCGCAAGUUCUCCUUUAAGGCCGUGCACUCUGGGAUGCGGGCGUACAUCCAGCAGACGGGGUCUCUCCAGGAUCACCCCAGCAUGAGGACCUACUACUUCAGUGCUGACACCCAGGAGGAUAUGAGCGGCUGGAUCCGAGUGAUGAACCAGGCGGCAGCGGUCCAGAGUGCCCCGGACAGCAGGCGGGAGGUUGUGGACAUGGAGUGGCCGGCGGCUCCGGUGAACGACCACACUGAAUAUGCAAAAUCAGAAGGCAUCCAGACGAGGAGCGUCUAUCAGAAGGCAGAGGAGCUGCGGCGAAACUCUGCGGAGGAGCGGCCGCACACAGACCUGGGGGACAAGGGGCGCCACCAGGAUGUGAGCGAGGCGGACAAGGAACACCGGCGGAAAGGAGGGGACAAGGGGCAACCCCAGGAUCUGACGGAGAAGGAGCGCUACCGCAGCGUGGGAGACCAGGAACGAUCCCACAACACAAGGACCCGCGAGAGCUACAUCACCCACAAAAACACCUUAAAUUCUAAUGGAGGAAAGUUCACCCUGUCCAAUGGCCGCCCCUCCGCAUUCACAGACUUUUCUAAGUCCUACAGGCCUCAAGUGUCACAAACGCCUCAACCCCAGAACAUCGAGAGGAACGGGACCCUCCCGCCUUCUUUCCGAGUGAGCACUGGGCCCCUGGAGCAAAAUGGAACCGACACCUUCACCAGACGUGCACCCGAAAACCCUGAGAAACAAGUACAGAGGAAAAGCAUGAUGGGCCAGGUGGAGCAGUGGGUAAAGGUCCAGAAGGGAGAAGGUAAAAGUGUCGGACCUGAGCUCCCCCUCUCUGAAAGAUACCAGACUUUGCCAAAGACCAUGAGGCAGUCAUCGGGUGGUUCUCCUCCUCCGAGUCGUCAUCUGCCCAGUGACUACAAGUAUGCCCAGGAUCGGGUCAGUCACCUGAAGAUGUCCAACCAGGAGCGCCAGGCAACCAAGGAGGGCAUGGUGUGGCAGCUGUACGAGUGGCAGCAAAGGCAGCAGUUCAAACAUGGCAGCCCGACUGGACAGAUUUACAUGGGCGCCUUGGACGAGCGCUCCCGGGCCAAGAGCUUGUUGGACUUCCCGCGGUGCGUUUCUGUCCCUCCUUCUCCAUCCGACAUCCAACCGCCAGCGCCCCCAAAGGUGUUUCCUCCCCGCAGACCCCACACUCCAGCGGAAAGGCUGAGUGUGCGGCCAGAGGAAGGACCGGUCGAUGUCCCCUACAUCGGGUCACCUCAGAAGGUGCGGGUCCAUGCUAUAAAGUCCUCGGCUCAUACGGACCGCCGCUCCAUGCCGUCCAUGGGAUACAUGACGCACACCGUAAGUGCCCCCAGUUUGCACGGCCAGUCGGCCGAUGACACUUACCUUCAGCUGAAGAAGGAGCUGGAGUACCUGGACCUUAAGAUAAAAUAUAAUGAACCUCUGAUCAACUUGGUUCACAGUGUUUUAAGGAACUCCACUCCGGGGUAUCGCACGAGCAUAAACGUGACCGGGCGAGAAUCCUUCAGGGAUCGAUCCACGAAACCCGUCCGAAUCGCUGAAAGUGACGUUGAUGCGAAGCUCAGUGUCCUGUGUGAACAGGACCGGAUCCUGCAGGACUUGGAGGAUAAGAUUCGAGCUCUGAAGGACAAUAAGGACAAACUUGAAACUGUCUUGGAGGUUCUGCACAGACAGAUGGAUCAGUACAAGGAUCAACCCCAGCACAUGGAGAAGAUUUCCUACCAGCAGCGCCUCCUACAGGAAGACCUAGUGCAGAUCAGAGCCGAAAUGUCCAAGGUCUCCACGGACAUGGAGAACUCCUGGAACGAGUAUUUGCGGCUGGAGGGCGACGUGGUUCAGCUCAGGCAGCUGUUACAGGAGCAGAUGACCCGCUCGCCGUCUUCUCAGGACCGGUCUCAGCUGCAGAAAGAUCUGUGGAGAAUCGAAGACGUCACGGCCGGACUCAGCACCAAUAAACUGAAUUUCAAAUUGCUGGUCGAGUCGUUCAAAAACCCAGAAAGAAAAACCGUGCCUUUGGUCUCUUCCACGUUUGUGCCUUCCGGAACUACGGCCUUUACCUCCGUUCGCAGUAAAUCGCCUCAGAAUCCAGCGAGUCUUGUGAAGCCGACUCUGGAGGUUGGGCUGUACCCCCAGCCAUUCAUCCCCGGCAGAUCUUACUCCCAGCCGCAGCUGCUGCAGAAACCAGAACCGCGGCUGCAGUCUCCGACCCGGGCGCCAACGCCGCCAAAGUUUGAGGAGAGUGCCCCCCCACGACCACCACUGCCCGACCUGUACAGUCCUGAAGAUGCAGACCCCGCGCCCAAUAUUCCACCCCCCCCUGCGCUGCCUCCGCCACCAAGAGAAUCCUCCGUCAUCAGGCACACCUCGGUGCGGGGCUUAAAGAGACAGUCUGAUGAGAGGAAGCGAGACCGGGAGCUGGGUCAGGGUGUGAACGGAGACUACAGGGUGGAGUUGCGAACCUAUGUGAGCGAUCCAGAACUUGCUAAUCUAGGUGACGCCAACACCUCAACCUCCGCCUUUUUGGCCUCAGAUUCUGGCUACCAGACGUUGCCCGGCAGAGGUUUUUCUGGGUCGACCUCCUGGCUGCCGCAGUCGUCGUCGUCCGUUGCAUCAUACGUCACCUUGCGGAGGGGCGUCACCACAGACGCUGCUAAGGACAGACAAAAAAGUGCCUUUCAGCGCCUCUACUCCGGCGACAACCAAAGAGGUAAAAUGAGCGCCGAGGAGCAGCUGGAGCGCAUGAAACGCCAUCAGAAGGCCUUAGUCCGCGAACGCAAGAGAACGCUGAGCCAAGGAGAGAAGCAGCUGGCCCCGAGCCGAGGCGCUGUCCGGCCCCUGUCUGCGGACCUCAGCUCAUGGAGGCGAGAGCAGGACUUUGAUUUCCAGCUCCUGGAGAAGGCGGCACGGGACGUGGAGGAGCGAGAAAAGGAAGAUCACGGCUGGGUACAUGCCAAGGCCAUACAUGUGACCGAGCUGGACCUGGAGCCCCAGGACUACGACCUGGACAUCGGCAAAGAGUUAUCGAUGCCGGACAAGGUCGAGAUUCCAGAGAGAUAUAUAGACCUGGAGCCAGAGGAACCGCUGAGCAGAGAAGAACAGGAGGCACGAUCGAGGAGGGUGGCGAAGAUCAAGAACAUCCUGGCUCGGUCCAGUGUUCACAACCUGCAGCCGAUGGGACCCCCUGAGGACUCACCUCCUUCACACGUCAAUCUGCAGGAGCAAGAGAGAAUGAUCACCAUAUCGUACGCCCUUGCUUCUGAGGCCUCUCAGCGCAGCAAACAAGUGGCAGCUCACGCUGUGUACGACCACUGACUGGCUCCAUCAUUUGUCGGGGGUCAGAGACAUCACCUGCAGCCUUCACACCCUGUACCUUCCAUCACCUGCUGCCCUGGAAACACAACCCCCAUCAUCCAGUGUCUUCAGUUUGUCGCACAGCUGCGCUGGAGCUUAUCCGCUGCACUGUUUCCCUGACCGUCUGAUUGUAGAAAACUUCAUGAUGAACAAAAUAAGCAACCACAACCUGGAGGAGGAGCGUGCCUCGCCGGAGACUCCCGGUGAAGGAGGAGGAGCGUGCCUCGCCGGAGACUCCCGGUGGAGGAGGAGGAGGAGCGUGCCUUGCCGGAGACUCCCGGUGGAGGAGGAGGAGCGUGCCUUGCCGGAGACUCCCGGUGGAGUAGGAGCAGCAGCGUGUCUCUCCAGAGACUCCCGGUGGAGGAGGAGCGCACCUCCAGAAUGUGGCCCUGUAGAAUUCAGGACAGGAAGUGCCUUAACCUGCAGCAGAGGGCGAGAGUCCCUGCCCCCAUGUAAUCAUCUGUGGAAGGGAGGGCUACCACUCAGCAGCCCUUUCUGAACCCGGCACUGAAGCGGUAACAUGUUCUAAUGAUUCAGAGAUUUAGUCAUUAACACUGGUUUUCAUACACUGGACUUUCAGAAGGAACAUUUCAAUUUCAUUUUGUCAAAGUAAAGUGGUGACGAGAAAGUCAAAGAAUUAUGUGAGGAUGGAGAAGGGGAAGCAACUAGGGCAGGGAUCAGCAGCCUCUGGCACUACAACACCCAGCAUGCUCCAUUCACUUCAGUGGGAGAGCUGAGCAGACAAGCAAAUGUGCAUGCUGGGAGUGAUAAGUACUCCACAGCUGGAGUGCAGGAGGUUGCUGAUCACUGGCCUAGGGUGUCCACACCAAGGCUCUUAUAAAUAUGAGGUAUGCAACACCAUGAUGACAUCACCAGCAUUAGACCAGACACACCAUGAUGACAUCACCAGCAUAGCCAUAAACUAUUGUAUAGGUUAUAGAUCAUAUGAGGUAUACAUCCUGAUGUCAUCACAAACCCAGAGAUAUCUGCAUAGUCCAUAAUGGCCACUCUCCUAGCUAAAUCACGUUGCCAUUUAAUGGUUAUAAAACUACAACUCUCAGCAUCCUCUGCAAGCUCCAGGCUUUGAGUAUGCUCAGAGCUCGUUUCACAACAGCUUGAGUCACAGAUGGCUGUAUUGGUCACACUAGUGACAUCACACAGAGGUGCAUGUUACAGUCAUGAUGUCAUCACCACGCCCCCUAGUGGCACACACCUGUUGGUUCCCUUUGGGCAGGUUUUUACGGUUCUGUGAUACGACCCAGUAGCGCAGGUCGUGGGCGCCACUGUUUGCUGUGGUUUGAAAAAUUUCUCAGUUUUGCGUUUUAUUGUUCCAGUGAGGAUGGGAUUUCUUAAUUUGGUUUUAAUUACUAGAGGUUUUAUUUUCUAUAUCCGGAGAGAAAUCAAUAUAUUUAGAAGUCGUCUAUUUUAACUAACGCUGCCGUUUUCACCUUUAUAAAGAUUUGCCAAAUUAGAUUCUUUAUUUUUGACUUUGUAAAAAAAUAAAAAAAAUGCUAUUGAAUAAAGAAAAUUCAUAACUAU